AGCCAAGAAGCUAGUAGGUGACUAAGUAUAUAAACUAUAUAUAGUAGCACCGAGAAGUUUCAUGUAUAAUUUAUAUAGGCACCUCCACACAGUACAGGUUGUCAGACACAUUGUAGGAAUUAAAUUUUACCAUCACUUCAGAUGGCACAGUGAGCUUUCUUUCAUUAGUAUAUCAGCCUUCACUAUAGGCAUUGCUUGUGAGAAUGGUAAUGGGAAUUGCUUUCUUCACCCUGUAGCGAGAUUGGUCUUUGGUCUCGAGGCUAGGAUGAACACGCAUCAUCAUAGUGGUACUUAUUCUGAUGCGCAACUAAGCCAAUUUGUUGCACGUGAUCGUGUCAACCUCCUCACGCAAAAACUCAUUGCGCAUGCCUGUAGACAGAUAGGCUCUUUACAAAACGGUUGUUUGUCACUGCUUAUAAGUAAUGGCGUGAACACAAGGCAACACAAAGAAUUGUGAACAGAACCAGUUGAGAGAGUAUCAAGCUAUCAAGCAAAGUGUGAGGAAUGGCUGUGAAAAUAGAUUGCUGCGUAGGUCUAGUACUGCUAGUUCUUUCAAUAACGGAGUGUGGAGGAGAUAAAACCAGUAACUGUAUAUAUCAGUACACCCAGCAACCUGUGACUCAACUGAACUGUGACCCUAAUGGAUCUCGGCUGCAGAUACACUGUGGAGCAACAGGGCCGCUCCUCCCCUCGUUCCGUAUACAGUGGUACCGUAGUAACAGAUCAGUUAGUAGCACAACAAGAAUCACAUCAAAGAAUGACUGUCUUAUCAGAAACAACAUGCUAGAUGUGAUGGAUGAGAAGAGAAGUGCUACGUCUAUUCUUCUUACAAAGAAUAUUGAUUCAACUAUGAGUGGAGUUUGCUUUUGGUGUCAAAUUGAAUUCAGCAGACUUAUACUACCGGUAAAGAGUGAAGUUGUUUGCAUUGAUAAUGAAGAACAUUUUGCCGGAGUUGAUGACUGCGGUGAUUCAGUCGUCAUGUUGGUAAACACAUCAGUUCUGUGUGUACACGUUUCCCCGGAUUUGGCGAGUGCUCUGGAAAGCUUAAACAAUGAAAGAGACAUUAUAACUAGCCCUACAAUUUCUAGUAACAUUCUAUCACUCACAGGAAAAGCACAAAGCGGCAGCAGCUUAGUCUCCACAAUGUUUGGCAGUGAAGCCAUUCAGUCAGGCAAAACAUUGAUAAACACUCAAACUUUGCAUAUUGGCACUAAAGUUGCUACGUCUAUCGCAAAGACACAAGUUUAUGCCACUCCUAGUUCAAAACUUAAAGAUUCGUUUGUCAGUAGUAGCACAACUGAGUCUCCCAUGAACAACACAACUUCUAGUACAGUCAAUACUAUUAUAGUGAGAGGAAUGGAGGAGACAGUGCCAAGAUCAAGCUUCGAAGGAGCCCUUUAUGCUGCUAUAAUAGUUUGCAUCUUAUUUAUAGGAGUUAUUGUAGGGUUGGUGAUCAUGAUUCUUUGUCUUGUAAGGAAAAAGUGUUCCUGUUUGGUACAAGUAAGUGAUUAUUUGAGACAAAAGCUUCACAGAGCUACUAAUUCAAGAAGGAACUCACAAGAAGCCAAUCAUGUGAGUGAACAAGUGGAUGGGAGUGUUCUGGAGCAGAGAUCAGUGAUGAAAGGUACACAAGUCGAAGUCAGUUUUUCUGAACAAAGCAGAACUCUUGCCUCAGAGAGUAGCACACCAUUUGGGCAUCUAAAACGCUCAACUAUUGAAACAGAGUCUUGCCUAGCAACUUCAGCUGAUAAGCCACCUCCAGAACUACCCCCUAAACCCAAAAAAUCAAACACCCCUGCAAGCUAUGAUCACCUUGAACCAGUUACAAUAAGAGUGGACAAUAGCACGAUGGUAAUUAAAAGCAGCACCUCGAUGCAUUCAGCCGUGUCCACAUCAGAAAUGCAUAACGAGAAACUUCCUAAAGUGCCUGAUCACUAUUACCAUACUCUCGAGGAUGAUGGCUCGGGAAUGCUGCGUUCUGCAACAGCUAGUCACACUAGCAGCCAGGCUUUCAAUGUUGGAGGCGGUGAAAACAUUGACAAAGUGUCAGCACACUUGCAGGAGCUGUUUGACGAUCCACGCUAUGCCAGACUCAAACUGGACCCUUACGGCGAAGGAGAUUAUGUUAGGAGUGGACUGACGAAACAGAAAGACUUUUCUCGCAGCUCUCCAUCCAUUGUCACUCUGAUCCAACCUCAAGAAACGCUUAUGAAGAGAGGAGCCACAGAAAGAAGGUCACUCAGGCUGCCAAGAUGGAUUUCUACAACCAAGACAAGGCCGGACAUUUAUGAGAACUAGAACAAUACUAUAGUUGCAUGCAUGCACUAUUCUAUAAGUUAGUAUAGAUGCACCAUUACUCACUGUGUAUGAUUUUAAGUUGUCUGCAUGUACAUUUCAAUACUGCAGUCAGAUGUAUUAACUGUGAAAAUACUGUUCAGUUCAUCAGUUCAUUAUAAAUCUCUGACACCAACAUUAUUAUAUGGCAGCCUAUUACAU